UAAUUUCCCCUAAUUUUUUAGAAAAAAAAAUAUUAGAAAAUAUGUCUGAAGGAACAUGUCUAGGCGUUGUCCCUUUAAAAGCUGGUGUUUUAGGAAUAGCUGCAGUGCAGUUUCUGUAUGAGGGUGCUACUGUUGGUAUGCGAGUGCACAGUGGUAUGGAAAGUAGACAAAUGGGGUUCUAUGUUGAGUUUACGUUCCAUUGUGUUAAUCUCCUAGCAGCCAUUAUGCUAGCCGUUGGAGUAUGUACAAAGACCCGUCAGAUGUUUAUCCCCUGGUUACUGCUGACUGUUCUACUCCCAGCUAUGUUCAUGGUUAACAUGGUUUCUAGUUUACUCUUCCUUCAGUUUCAUGCAGCAGCUGAUCUUAUUCUUCAUCAAGCCAUUCCAGCACUCAUCACGUUCUACUUCUGCUCAGUGGUGUACACUCUGUACAUAGAAAUGGAACUGAACGCGGCAGGUUUCUUCAUCCCGCCAGAAACCCUGUACGGUACUUCGAAUGUCGUCUUCUCCCGGGAGCCGGAACCAUUAGAUCUUCCACCGUCCUACACUACAGCUGUGACGGCACAUAAAGAACAUAUUGAAAAUUUCGUUUAAAUUGCCGUAAUUGUACAGAAUAUGAUUAUAAUAUUGAGAAUAUUAAUUAUUCGUUUUAUAAAUAGAUUUUGUGAUUUUAGUGUAAAAUAUUAAGAAAUAAAUACCUUGUUGUCU